GACGUAAGCAUAAUAAAGUUGACUGUUGACUGGUAAGAAACAAACAUUGCUUCCUUUCUUUCUCAUUUCAUUUCUUUGUCACACUCACUCACAUUUUGGCUUUCUCCUAAAUUUCCGAUACAAUCUGAUUUCAACGUCGUCAACUAAGGUGAGAUGGAAGAAAACAAUAAUCAAUCGCGUUACGUGAAGCUAACCAAAGAUCAUCAAACCACUGUUCAAGAAGAUAUCAUUCCCGGUGAACUCAAUCAACCUAUUGAUGUUCCUCAGUUGGCUGUCCGCAAGUGCGCUGAAUGUAGGCAACCAUUACCUGAAAGCUAUGCACCUCCUGCAGAUGAACCUUGGAUGACUGGUAUCUUUGCAUGUGUAGAAGACCGUGAAAGCUGCUUGACUGGACUGUUUUGUCCUUGUGUAUUAUUUGGGCGCAAUGUAGAGAGCUUGAGGGAGAACACUCCUUGGACUACACCAUGCAUUUGUCAUGCCAUUUUUGUUGAAGGUGGCAUUUCUGUGGCUAUAGCAACUGUAAUUGCAACUUCCUUCAUCUCUGGCAUUGACCCAGGGACAACAUGCCUCAUUUGUGAGGGUUUAUUUUUUACGUGGUGGAUGUGUGGCAUUCACACUGGUCAAGUUCGGCAAUCCUUACAGAAGAAAUAUCACUUAAAGAAUUCACCUUGUAAUGCAUGUUGUGUGCACUGCUGCUUGCACUGGUGCGCCUUGUGUCAGGAGCACAGGGAGAUGAAGGGACGACUCUCAGACAACGUUUUUUCAGAAAUGACCAUUGUAAAUCCUCCUCCCAUUCAAGAGAUGAAGUCUAAUGACGAAAAGGAAAUCCCUGAAACAUCCUCAGCUGACAACAAUGAGCACAUUACUUUGGAGAUGCAGGCUAUCUAAGGCAUAAGGCAUAUGGCAUACACCAUUGUUAAUACUUAGUAGUGACAGAAAAACAAUAAUUUACCCUUAGACCUUUGGCUUCAGUUCUUCUUGCUGCAAUUGACAUAUAAGUCACAUACACACAACUCAUCGUAUCUGUUUUAUGGAGCCAGAUUAUAUAAAAUCCUCAUUUUUGAAAUUUAUUUUUUGGCUUCUAACUUUAA